AUGAAGUUAUUCUGGAUUAUAAACCUAAUGAUUGCUCAUGCAGUCUUUGCGCGGCUUGAUCUAAAGGAUAUGGAAUACUUGCAGAACUUGCCAAUUGGUGUAAGGAACGCGUAUAUAAUACGCGCAGAUGGUCCUUUGAAUCCCCUUCGCGCAAAUAUUUUAGACGCAAACGGAUAUAUGCAGUGUAAGAGAUUCUUUUCUCCUGAAAUAGAAGUAGAUUAUAAACUGGAAAAAAACCUGCCUCGCGGUGCUGUCCUGUACAAAUACGAUUUUACAAGAUGCCCUGAGAAGGACAAAGCAUAUGUGCCGGUAGACACCAAGAAAGCCAACUACGAGUAUCUCAGCAAAUACCAUACGACACUUAUUAAAAUGUUCCCCUCAGAACAAGGAUAUCUAUCAAUCAUAACAAAGAGACAAGACUCACUCUACCAGUUCCUUAUAUCUCCAGAGGGCAUGCAAAACGCCAAAUACAUUCUGGCAUCGCUGCUUCUUCUCUCAGAGGGCAUAGACAUUAGUCUGUCGUUUGAAGAAAUUAAUGAAGAGAAGCAUCUUGUGCUGACGAACCAAGACAGAACAUCUGUUAUUUUUAGCACACGAAUGUGUACUUCGUAUGCAAAUGCUAAGAAUAGUACCAUGGAAGAUGUAUACCACAGCGAAGUGGCGGAUAUUUUUGAGUUCUUUAGGGACUGGAAGGACUGCCCUGCCUUAAAGGAAGGAGGCAUAUAUGCAGAUCCAACCAACUUCAAUGAUUUUCUGAAAGGCAGGUUCCUCAAUGGCAUGCGCUUUCUUAUACAGACAUACAUUUUUAAGUUUGUGGAUAAUCAGCAAGACUAUGCUGAAUUCAUAGAGGCUGUUUACUAUAUAAUAAUGAGUCACCUGCCAAAGAAUUUCAAGGAACUUCCAGAGAAUGAUCCUAUUACUGCUGUUUUUCAUAAGUGUUUUGUGAAGAAUAGUGAUGCUAGUGCUGAAAUGGAGUAUAUUAUGUCUCUAUGUGAUCUUAAAAAGACAAUAUAUGACAACACUGCCUUUCCCUUCUAUCCCGCCAGGCAGAUCCCGCCUUCAUAUAUGAAAGUGCUGAGAAACAGGCAGGAGAACGAGGAUGUUAGCAAAAUCCAAGAAAUAUAUAGAAUGCGCUCAGUGGAAACUUCCAUUCUAGGCCUUUUCUGCUGCCUGGCAUAUGAUCCAGAGACAAAGAAGUACACGACUGAGCACAUGGGAGAUAUAUCUAGUUCCCUAGCAAAGUUCUUUGCUAAAUUUAGCAGUCCAUCUGACAUAAACAGUCACAAGAUGCACGAAGAAUGGAGCAAAGUUCUAAGGCCUGUGCGAAUGACCAGAAACCCAGAAAAUGGUGCCAAACAUGAAAUUGUAAGCGGCCUUUUAAGCAUUCUUAAUGCUGUUCUAGCACUAACAGAGAAAAAGCCUGAUGUGCUGACGGCAUACACCACGCUGCAGAGCAUAUGCUAUGACAAAAAAGUAAAUGCACUCAACCUAGAGGAGAUAAAAAGAAGCAUAUUGAUAAUUCUUAAUCCUUUGCUGAAGAACAAAAGGGUAAAAAUAAUAAGCAGUCUGUUUACAAUAGGUAAAUCAGUAAAUGGAAAGCCUGACAUAUUUGCGAAGAUUCAGAUAGAGAGCAUGGAUAGGAAUAUACAGAAGACCAUGGUUCUUAACAUCGACCCUGAUGUAUCCUACCUCUCUUUUGCGCACAACUCAAUAAACAUUUCUACUCCUGCGCAGAAUAAGCUCGCAUACAUAAAAACGAAGUUCCUGAAUAUGGACACCUACCUAGGAUAUGCUAUUUCUAUAUAUGCGGCCAAUGCAGAAAUUGAAAUAGCAACCUGCAAGAUUCGUUCUGUUUCCAUCUCAAUGCAAAAGAUAGAGAAGCUCAUCAGAGGCAGUAAUGAGAACAUAAACCAAGUGUUCAUGCACGGUCUGUCUUAUCUGCUAAGGAAUCAGGUAGAUCUUUUCAAGUCUUUCUUGAUUAGCUCUCUUUCCGAAGAUCUCCCCAGUGACAACCCUAUGGUGCGCUUUACGUACAAUAUCCUGGGAAGCAUGGCUCUUGAUGAGCUAGAAACAAGAAGAAGGAUUCUGCUAUAUUUUGUGUACAACAGAUACAGCACAGGGUACUAUCCUGGGAUUGACUAUUUUUUGGAUAACUGGGCGCUUGCAGAGCCAACUGAAUCAGACAUAUUUAGCACUUUUAACAAUAUAAUUGAUCUGCAUUCAUCAGAGAUCAUGAGCCUCUGUUUGGCAUCUCUUAUAAAAAUACCAAAUAGCGUCUACCGCACACUGGAUCUUUUGAGAAGUAGCCCAAGCGCCAAAAUAAUCUUCGAUAUUAUCUUCGAAUAUGGCUCAAUAUCCCAUUUGUCUCGCAUUCACCACGCAAUGAACAAGUCUUGGCCACCAGGAAUAUACAGCAAAAAUUUGAUUCCUUACAUGUGGUUUUCAUUUGCAUGCUCGCAAGCCACCCGAGAUAUUACGUUUAUCAAAUACACGUAUAAUCUUAUUGAUCCAUUAGCAAUAUCUGAUGAUGAGAUCACAGAGAUCUAUGAGUAUGCAGACUCAGAGAAAAUUCUAGAGUUUUUAAUAAGAGAAAAAAAUACUUUAAUUAUAGAAGAUAGUAAGAAAAGCCUUGAGAAGUACUACAAGCUGAAAAAGCACUUUACAUCAAUCUCUCCUAACUCCAGCAUCUACCAAAAAGUGUCUGCCUCAGUAUUCCACUGUUUAAACAAAUAA